AAUAAAUUGUUAGGCUACAUUGUGAUUUCAUGUAAGAUCCAAUGGCACCGGGCGAUGCAAAACGAACUCCAUUGAACAGCUCUUCAUCUAAUCUGCACGGUAGACUAAUAUUUUGGACAGAAAAACACGUAUUUAGUAGGCGCUAUAAUAACCAUGAAGACUAUUAAUAAGCAAUGUUUUUGUGGUGUCAUAUUACUCUAAUUUUGGUCUGAAACAUAUUAGUGGUUUCCUUUCAAUUGUUGUGUAAAUAAGUAAACACGUUUUAACUUUUACAUGUGCAUUUAUAACACCACGCCUACUUCCUGGAGAUUUUAAUAGUUCACCCAUUCAGGUCAUGGAAUGAACAGAUCUCUCCCUGUGUCGGAGUUGAGCCCUAGUAUUCCUUCCUUUUCUUUUCACUCGACCCUUUAUGGAGACAUUUCUUGGGCGCCAUUCCUUAUUUUCAGCCCGCAGACAGAGCAACAUAAACCGCAAACAACACGACGAUUUUAGAGAUGAGGGCCAUUGGGAAAGUGUCCUUUCAACUGAAGGCACUCAGUAUAUUCCCAAGUAACUUUAAAUGUCAGAUCCGUGGACAUAGGGUAUCUCCUCCUCAAAACUUUACUGGUUAUGAGAGUAUCAAACAACAAUACAGCCCCCAGAUACCAGAGUACUUCAACUUUGCAGAAGAUGUGCUUGAUGUGUGGGCAGAGAAAGAAAAGAAAGGAGAGAAAGGAUCUAACCCUGCCUUCUGGUGGGUGAAUGACAGAAAGCAGGAGGUGAGGUGGAGUUUUGAGGAGCUGGGCUUCCAUUCCAGAAGACUGGCCAAUGUUCUGUCAGGUGCCUGUGGUCUCAACCAGCAGGACCGGGUGUUUCUGGUACUACCCAGGGUUCCAGAGUGGUGGCUCGUCAAUGUGGCCUGUCUCAGAACCGGAACAGUACUGCUGCCAGGUACCUCUCAGCUGACAGCCAGGGACAUCCUCCACCGGCUGCAGACCUCCGGGGCCCGCUGUGUCAUCACAGACGAGUCCCUGGCCCCCCUGCUCGAUGCCGUGGCCUCUCAGUGCUCCAGCCUGCAGCACAAAAUACUGGUGUCCCCCACCAAGAGAGAGGGCUGGAAGAACUUUGGAGAUCUGGUGAGGAAUGCGUCCAGCGACCAUGAGUGUGUGAAGACUCGCAGUGAUGACCCUAUGACCAUCUUCUUCACCAGUGGGACCACAGGGUCACCUAAGAUGACCCAACACAGCCACAGCAGCUAUGGGAUAGGCCUCACUGUCAACGGAAGGUACUGGUUGGACCUGACGGAGAGGGAUGUCUUGUGGAACACAUCUGAUACAGGCUGGGCCAAGUCUGCCUGGAGCAGUGUCUAUGCCCCCUGGAUCCAGGGAGCCUGUGUCUUCAUCCACCAUAUGCCCCGCUUCGACAGUCACACUGUACUGGAGACUCUCUCCAGCUACCCCAUAUCCACAUUCUGCACGGCUCCGACUGCUUAUCGAAUGCUAGUGCAAGAGGACAUGUCCAGUUAUAAUUUCAGCAACUUGCAGCAUUGUUUGUGUGCUGGUGAACCCAUCAACCCAGAGGUGAUGGGGAAGUGGAGGAGUGCCACUGGACUGGACAUCUACGAAGGAUAUGGACAAACUGAAACUGUACUGAUAGCUGGUACUUUUAAGGGCAUGAAGAUCAAAGCCGGGGCUUUUGGGAAGGCUUCACCAGAGUAUGAUGUGCAGGUCGUAGAUGAAGCCGGUAAUGUCUUACCCAGAGGAGUGGAGGGGAACCUUGGUAUCAGAGUGAAACCACACAAGCCCUUUUCCCUGUUUACUGAAUACACAGGUGACCCUGAUCGAACAGCAGAGUGCUAUGUUGGGGACUUCUACCUGACUGGUGACAGGGGUGUCAUGGAUGAGGACGACUACUUGUGGUUCGUGGGUCGAGCUGAUGACGUCAUCCUGUCAGCUGGACAGGAGUACCGGCCUUGGACAGGGGCAAGACCGGCCAAGACCACUAGGAAACAACGCCCCCCUGCCCCGUACGCCAGCCCCCCGUCGGGGGUCUCUCACCUCCCCAAUGAGACCAGCUACCAGGCCGCUUACAGCGGAGCCAGGGAGGCUUUCAGACACACAGAGCUUCACCAGAGGGACCAUAAUACCACCACCUCCACCGCUGGGCUGCCGACCACCACCUCCAUCUCCACUGUCCCCAAGGCCCCUGUAACCCUACUCCAGCCUUCCUCCACCACAACCACCCCUACCAUCAGCACCAGCCUCCAGCAGAGCAGCCUGCCAGAGAGACCCAACCUCAGUAUAGGAACCAUGGGAGAGGAGCAGUUGGUGAGGACCAAGCUCUCUCCCAACCCCUCUGCAGUGUUUCAAAGCAGAUCUAGGAUCUUCAACAUAUGACAGACUUUCCAAACUAUUCUACUGGUUACCGGGAGACCAAAGAACCAAUGAGGGGAAUGUUCUCUGUCCAUUCCACACUACAACAAAAUCUAUGCAGGGAAUGUACAGCUUAAUGUAACCAGAAAGGAAAACCCUGUACAGCUUAACAGUAUAGUGAAUGACAAACCAGAUGUCACGAAAUCAUUUUACAAUCCUGUUCUAUUGCUAUGAAAAUCGUAUAUAUGCAUGUAACACGCUAGUUUGAAGUCAAGCUUCUUUUGCAGUAUUAGGCACUCCAAGACAACAUGGCUGCUCUGUAAUGUGUGUUUGUGUGUACUGUAUGUAUAUGUAUGUAUAUGUAUGUGUACCUGUUGAGAUGGAAUGAUUUGUGUUUGAUCAUUUUCUGUAUAUACUGUUGGAUCUAUUGAAAUGACAAGGAGACGACUUUUUGUGAAAUUUAUGCUCAAACUGCACUUAGUCCAGAAAGUAAGGUGUUCCUUCGAUCUCUGCAAGUAUUUUAUGAACAGAAACAAAAACAUAUAUUCAUACAUUUUUAUUCAAUUAGGUAACUAUUUUGAGAAAGUAAUUGUGCCGGUGUUUACGUUCAUUUUGUAAAUCUGUUUAAGAAACAAAAAACUGUUAAAUAUUAAACGAUGUACAGUAUAUUACAAUAAAAGAAUAUCAGGUUCUUAACACCA